GACUCGCAGUAAUCCGUUGCGCGGAGCUGUAAACUCACGUCACGUCGCGUCGCCCUUCUGUCACGAUCUCAUCCAAAAGGGCUCGCUCGAUUUGACCGGAGUUUAUUAUUAUUUUUUUUUUAUUUACAUAUUUCAAUUUUAAGUUCCGGGUAUAUUUCGUGUUCCUCUUUCAUUUUUCGUUGUUCGGUGCUGGCGUCACUUACAUGAACAACGAGCUUCCGGAGAGAGUGUGUUUCUUGGAGUUCCAUGGGAAGUAAAAACUCCGACCUUGUCGCCAAAAUGGACACAAUCACGAUGGCUGACGAUCUAAUUUGCGGUGGGACUCCAUACAUUCCAGAUGAUGGCAUGACUGGACAGCAGUUGAUGGCUGAUGGUGCUGGAUUAACUUACAAUGAUUUCAUCCUGUUGCCAGGAUUCAUCGACUUCACAGCUAAUGAUGUUGAUUUAACAUCAGCUCUCACAAAAAAAAUCACUCUUCAAGCUCCAUUAGUUUCUGCGCCAAUGGACACUGUUACAGAAUCAGAAAUGGCUAUUGCUAUGGCGCUCUGUGGAGGAAUAGGUAUAAUUCAUCAUAAUUGUACGCCUGAAUAUCAAGCAAACGAAGUGCUAAAAGUCAAGAAGUACAAACAUGGAUUCAUAAGAGAUCCCAUUGUUUUAGCUCCACAUAACACUGUCGGUGAUGUGUUUGAGUGCAAGAAUGAACAUGGUUUUUGUGGUUUUCCCAUUACUGAAAGUGGAAAAUUAGGAGGUAAAUUAGUUGGAAUUGUCACCUCGAGAGAUGUGGACUUUUUAGAUAUUGACAAGCAUCGAGAUGUCAAAUUAGCAUCAGUAAUGACGCCAUUAGACAAACUAACAACAGCUCCAUCAGAUGCAACAUUAGAACAAGCCAACAGAAUUCUAGAAAAGUCUAAAAAAGGCAAGCUUCCUCUCGUGAAUGAUGCUGGUGAAUUGAUCUCUCUCAUAGCUCGCACUGAUUUGAAGAAGUCUCGAAACUAUCCGUUUGCGUCGAAAGAUGAAAAUAAACAAUUAAUUGUCGGUGCAGCUAUAGGCACCCGAGAUACAGACAAAUCUAGGAUUCAGUUGUUAUUUGAAGCAGGUGUUGAUGUAAUAGUAAUUGAUUCGUCUCAAGGUAACUCUGUGUAUCAGAUAGACAUGAUCCGUUACAUCAAGAAAGAGUUUCCAAAACUUCAGGUCAUUGGAGGCAACGUAGUGACAGCGGGUCAAGCUAAAAACCUGAUCGAUGCUGGGGCUGAUGGUUUACGAGUUGGCAUGGGGUGUGGUUCUAUUUGCAUUACGCAAGAGGUCAUGGCUGUAGGAAGACCGCAAGGAACGGCUGUUUAUAGAGUAGCUGAGUAUGCACGACGAUUUGGCGUACCUGUCAUCGCUGAUGGUGGUAUCCAGAACAUCGGACACAUCAUGAAAGCUUUAGCCCUGGGUGCAUCUACUGCUAUGAUGGGUUCUCUUUUAGCUGGAACUUCUGAGGCUCCUGGCGAGUAUUUCUUCUCAGAUGGAAUUCGUCUGAAGAAAUACCGAGGUAUGGGAAGUUUGGAGGCCAUGAACCGUAAGGAUGCAAAAGGUGCAGCCAUGGACCGCUACUUCCACAAUGAAAUGGAUAAACUGAAAGUGGCACAAGGAGUGAGUGGUGCUAUAGCUGAUAAAGGCUCUGUUCUUAGGUUCUUGCCUUACUUGCAGUGUGGUCUGCGCCACAGUUGCCAAGACAUUGGAUCACGUAGUUUGUCAAGUCUUCGAGCAAUGAUGUAUUCCGGUGAGCUCAAGUUUGAAAGAAGAACGGUGUCUGCCCAAAGUGAAGGAAAUGUUCAUAGCUUGGUUUCAUAUGAAAAACGGUUAUUCUAGGACUCGGCAAGCACUUCUUCCCUCAGGAAGAAGUGAACUGCUAAUGAAGGGAGGAUCAAGAUCUCUACCCUGAAGGAUUGAAAAACUAACAACCAACUCUCACUUUAGUCUAAAGAUAACUCUUUUACGUAAGAAAACUUUAGAGAACUCCACAUUUUUUUAUAUUUAAUUGCAUAAUUAUGUCCUAAUUAAGAAUCAGUUUGUCUCGGUGUGUCUACGAUGUGAGCAGCAACGUUCUCCCCCUCAUGAAAAAAACUGUGUUAUGCAGUGCUCCUGAUUUUUAGUUAGUGAGAGUUUAACAAUUUUCCUAUUGACAAGUUAAGUUCUGUAGCUCCAAGCACAAUGAAAUUGAAAUUCUCAUUGCAUUUUUGGGUUGACUUUUUCUUCUUUUUACAGUAGAAAUUGGUGCAUCUUCAUCCUUACUCUGAAAGUCAACCAAAAAAAUUUAGCGAGAACUUGAAUAACAUUUUUAUAAAAUCCUUCUGUCUUGUAAAGUCACCAAACGUUUUUUACAAAGAUAGAACGUCACGGAGAGGGAAGUCUCAUUAAACUGUUCGCAUGAUAGUUUUCCCAGUAUCAUUGACUAUAAGUGAGGGUUAAGUUCCUAGUUUCACCAACCCUAGCAGUAAAAUUAAAUCACUGUACAAUUCAGCUGGACAUCCUCAACUUUCAUUCAGCUGACAUAUUCAGCAUUCAUUUUUUGCAUCUUUUUUUAUUCAGCAAGUUGAAAACAAACGAAAAAAGAAAUUUUGUUGAUACAAUUUGAUUAACGAAAGUUGAUAGUCUCGGGAAUUGCUGAAUAUAGCAUAGUCGUCCCAUCACAAAAGGCUUUGAACAUUCAGAAUCCGUGUACCACUCCCACCGCUGGUACCAGGAUCGUUUUUCCAGGCUUAAGACCUCAGAAAAGUGCUGUGCAUAAUAAAGCUUUUGCAUAUUACUGUGUCAAGCUUAAAAACAAUUUUCUGCUUUCAUAGCAUAUUUUCAGGCUGUUCUUUCAGUUAUCCAUCCGUACUUUAGGUUGCUUUUUAAGUUUUUAAGAAGCUUUUACAUCAUCAACGUGACAUCCUCUUGCCCUAAAAAGUUUAAAGGCUAAGUUGCUAUAAAGAUUGAAGUAACUAGGAACAAAUUUUACUAGUUCACAGAAAUGUGUACUUAUCUUUUGGCCACAUUUCUUGCUGCAAACUAAGGUUUGAUACAAAUAGCCUCAGUGAGGAGGUGUCUUGAAUUCGAUGUCACUUACUUGUAGUACUUACUUUAUUCUAAUUUUUAUUUUUAAAUGCCCAGCUCCACAUCCUAGUUCAAUGGAAAUAAUAAGCAAAUACAUAAUGAUGACCAAAGUGCAAAACUACGUAUCUUUAUUGCUAUUUUUCAUCAUUUCCGCUCCCUUUUUUUCCCUUUUCUUUUCUUUUUUUUACUUAAAACAACCCAACUUAUGGAUUGAAACUUUUAUUAUUAUUAUUAUUAUUAUUAUUAUCGAAUAUUCUGCCAACAGAAGAGGAAAACUACAGAAGUUUUCAAGAAAGUACGGUGACUGGUUUUACAAAGUAAUGUUAAAUUGAGAGGAAAUCUCCAACUGUUGCAAACAGAAAUACAUGAUUUAGUACUUUGGCCAUCGAUAUUAUGCAUUUCUUUUUUGAAGUUUUCACUGAACACAAGGUUUAAUUUCUCGAAAUUUAUUUCAUGAAGAUGUAUAUAUGUGGCUCUUUCUCUCUAUUAUCUGUUCGGUUUACUGCCAAGUAAUGAUUUUCUUCAGUAAAACGAGCUGGAGCUGCCUGUGUAAACUUUUUAUAUGAAUGUUUUUUGUCAUUAAAUUUAAUCAUCGACCUUAGCCCUAGUCAAAGGUCAGCGUACCUUUCCUAUGAAGGGAGAAAAUCAAACAACUUCUCUUAUUAAUGUCAGCGGUAUCUCCACCAAAGAGUUGUACUUCUAUUUCUGGUGCCUAUGGAUAUUUGUACAGCUAAAGUUUAAUUUUCAAUUCAGUGUUUUUUCUUUUUUUUUGUUCAUUUUUUUUACAUAAAAACUCUUUUAACGAGGAAAAAUAAUAUUAAAUUUUUCCACCAUUCCGGUAAAUGUACAUUAUGUUACACCCUUUUUAACUUCUUUUAUUUAGCAUGAAUGUUGUUGUGCUAAAAUAUCUGAAAGUCAAACUUUCGAUAAUUUUGUUUAAUCAUGGAAAAAAAAUUGAAACUCAAUCCGGUUUGUCUCUUCAAUGAAGCAAGUUUAUCCCUCUUUGAUGUGAAAAAAUAAUUAAUGAUCCCUGUGUGUACACGUUCUAUUGAUCUAAUCGUUUUUCUUUCAAUGAUAAUAUUUAGUGCUUGGAGGUCUUUCUGAAAAGCAUUUCACCAACAAUCGAUUUUCUCUCGCUCUCUGCUCCAACAAAAGGAACUAAAAUUUGUCUUCCACUUUUGUCUGUAAAAAAAAAGUUGAAUAAAAGUCUUUGAAAAUCA